UCCUCUUUGAGGAAAUGAUCUUUAAACAGACGUAAAUGAAGUGAAGGAAUGAACCAUGUGUGAAUAUUUGGAAGAAAGAUUUUCAAGGCAGGAUGAAGUCUAAAGUGCUGAUGACGAGCUAGGUAGGUAGUCAACGUGCAAGGGCUCACUGAGAGCUGAAAGGGUAGGGGACAGAUUUGGCAGGACUUUGUUGGAGAUGGACAAGAACUUAGAUCUUUUAAGAGCAUAAUGAGGCGACCUUAAUGAUAUUUUAGAAGGACAAACCCGAGUUCUGGAUGGGGUAAAGGUGGAAGCCUCCUCUAGUAGCAGACCACUGAAAGCAGUGUAGUGCCCUCUAAUCUAUGGUUUCACUUUCCCAGGUUUCAGUUUCCUGUGCUUUUCAGUUUCCAACAGGAAACUGCAGGCUGGAAGCAGAUGAUUCUCCUUCACAAGGAUAGUGAGAAGACCAAUAGUUGCCUAAUGCUACGUCACAAUGCCUGUGUCAUUUAUCUCACUUUCUAUCAUGUAGGCAUUUUAUUAUCUUGCAUCCUCACAAGAAGAAGAAGAAGAAGAAGGAUGAGUACUGGACAGUAAGAUAUUUUGAGAGAGAGAGAAAGAGAGAGACUAUAUUCACAAAAUUUUAUUAUAGUUUCUCAUUAUAAUUGUUCUGUUAUUAUUCAUUACUGUGCCUAAUUUAUAAAUUAAACUUUAUCAUAGAUAUGUAUGUAUAGUAAAAAAUAGCAUAUAUGGGGUUUGGUACUAUCUGCAGUUUCAGGCAUCCACUGGUGGAUCGAGCUGAGUCUCUCAUGAAAUUGCUGUCAAAACUCCGGUUUGAGCUAACAAAAGUCUUUCACGCAUCAUUGCAUCUAUUCGUUGGAAACUAAACACAAACGUGGUGAAGGAGGGGAAAAGAAUGUGGAAUUGCAUUUAUAGGUCCUGAUUGGCUAAGCCCUGGUCAGCAGCUAAAAGAGCAUACUUCCGGCUCUAAAAGUGAAUUCCACAGCGUCCUUAGCAACUAGUCUCGAUCCCCAGCGACCCCGAACACCACGUUGCAGAUGAACUGCCAAGCACCCAGGCAGUUUGCUGGAGCCAUUGUAGGAGCUGAAACAUAUCUCUCCAAUGUGUAAAGACUUUUUGUUUUGCUGCCCCACAUAAAUCUUUAGAUUCAAGGUUUAUGAUCUGUGACUAUGCCUGUCAACAAAUCACCCAUGAUUAGUAAAUUAGCAGUGAUAUCUUCCUCUUAUCAUGAAAAACUCUUGACGUUGAAUUUUCAAAAUUUAAGGAAAAGAAGGAGUAAUAAAUCAAAGCCAUCAUUUUCAAUCACAAAAGAAUUCAUCUUGAGAUUCAAUGAAACAAAAAAUCCAAAAGAGAAGGAAGAAUUGUUGGACCUAGCUAGAAAAAAUAUCCUCAGAUGUAAGAGAAAACUGGGUCUCAAAACCUUGGGCUCUGGGAAGCAUGUUCAUCUUCCUACUGCAUGGACGGAAGUAAUAUAUCUGGCUCAAUGCAAAGGAGAAAUCCAAGAUGAAGCUUUAAAUAUGCUUUAUGCUUCCCUGGACCAUGCUUCCUUUGAUUAUGAUCAUCUGCCUGCGUUAUUUUUUGUUGCGGAAUCAGUUUUAUAUAGACUCUGUUGUGAUGCAUUCCAAAAGGCAUACUUAUAUUCAAUUGAAAUAAAGCUGGCAAAGAUUGGCUAUUUGGUCUUUUUACGACUUUUUAUAUAUUUCCUGCAUGGUCACCUAGGAACUUUUAAACAACAUUUACUUAGGCUUCAACCAUAUUUAUACGCACUUUCUUUCUCUGGAGGGUCAUAUUACAAGUAUCCAAACAUCUUGUCAAAUAUGCAAUUCAUUCUGAAAACCAUGGAAAUAAUAUGUAAAAGAGAACUCCCUUCUGGAUCAAUUUUUAACCCUGUUGAAAACAAGAAAAGCUAUAAGAACAUAGAUUCGGAUAUGGAACAUUUGCAAGUCAAUCAGGGAGGACACGAAGUUAACCACCUGCUCUGGCACUGUGUGGCUGCCUGGUCAUGUGUUCAGAAGAAUAGUCCUCAGUUGAAUAAGGUGCUUGAACAUCUCAUCUUUCAUAAAAUGCAGCUUCAAAAGAAAUGCUGGUUGGAUUCAACACUGGCUUUGCUGGUCCUUGGGGAGGCUGCCAAAUUAAACAUGGCCUGCUUGAAAGCUUUAAUGGAAUUAAUGAGAGAUUUUCUUUUAAGCAUUAUGUCUUUUCAAAAUCAGGAAGAAAGCUGCAAGGUAGAUGAUGUUUCCUGGGCCUGGAAUGUUGUCUACAUAUACACAACAAUUCUUGCAGAAAUUUGCUUGUAUGCAGCCACUUCUAAUUUGCGAAAAACUGCUUUUAUUGGUUUCUGUGUCUGUACAAGAUCACAAAAAGACAUUUUACUCAUGGAUAAAUCAGAAGAACCACCUAAAUUGAAGGAAGCAAGUAUUUUAGGUCUUUUGGACUAUUUCUCUUCAAAAAUUUCAGAUAAUUGUAAUCCAGUGAUAUGGAUUGGAUACUAUGGCUUAGUGUAUAACCUGGUGAAAAUGUCAUGGGAACUUCGGGGAGAUGAUGAGCAGGAUGGAUUUAGAAACAAAAUAUUGCAAACAUUACAGAAGACCAAGGAUCAUGAGAAAGACAGGCGAAUCCAUAAUGCAGUAAAUAUAGCUCAGGCUGAGUUAAAUGACCCAACUGAUCCCUUCACUAAUUAUAGUGCAAAAGUCUCAUCAAAUGUAGGGGAUGAAAUUUUCUCUAAAUAUAUAGGAUGGAGAAUUGCCACUGCUCUUUCCAAACUAUUUUUCCCCUCCACCGAUGCCUACAUUCUUCCUUUGAAAAAACCAUUGACAAAACAGGGUCAAAUGAAAUACCUGAACAAAAAGGAUUCCGUGAAGAGGAGAGUUGUACAUGUUACUAUAAGGGAACAUCCUUCUUUAUCAGAACUUCCCAUGUUUUCUUAUCCGGAUUUCUUCACCAGAGCUGAUGAAGAAUUGGCAAGAAUCAUUGACCAUCAUUGGCAGGAAGAGCUAAAGAUCCGACAGAAAGAAGAUGCAAUAUGUGAGGCCCAAGAACGUAAAGACAAAGAGUUAGAGGAAAAAAAUCACUUCAGGGAAAUUAUGAAGAGAAGAGAAGAGAAACUACACAAGCAAACCAAACCCUACGAGCUUCCUCCUAGGACUGAAGUAAUUUCAUUAGAAAUAAAAUGACCCCCCCCCCCCCCCCCCCAAAUUGAAGUCCAUAAUGCCAGAAACUCAUU